GGAAUGCAAUUCAUCGUUUUCUAAAAGCCAAACAUUGAAAAAAUUGAAAAGAUGCUGUUGGCCGGAAUAUUCGUGGUGCUUCUGAUGUUGUCACUCGAAACAGAGGUGAUGGCAGGCAAAAUGUGCUCCGCGACAAAUAAUCCCUGCAAAAAGAAAACGAUGUGUUGUGUCAACAAGAAUGGUAAAACUACUUGCCAAAUGAAAGCAAAAGUGGGUAAGAAAUGCAGCUUAGAUCCACUUGAUGUUGCAGUCCACAUUAAUCAUUGCCCGUGCAUGGAAGGCUUGACAUGUGUAGCAGAAGGCACUGAUGGAGUGUGUAAAAAAGUAAAAGUAUAGUUAUGGAUCCUGGUGCGCUUCAACAAGAAGAACACUUCUAUUGUAGCAUACAAGAACAUGGAGAAAUAAAUGUUGUUGAAUCAUGAAAAA